AUGGCCACCCCUCUACCUGACAUGUCUCCUGGCAACUGCACUAUCGACUACAGUAUCCCAUAUCACUGGAUAAUGGAGUACUCCCCAUUUGUAUCAGUUUGGUUCUAUAUUUAUAUUGUAUUCUUUGUCGUCGAGCAGAAUGGCUCUUUGAAACUCUCCCAUCAACACACGGCUAUCUUGAACCAUCACUUUUGGAAUUUCAUUCAUCAAAUCUAUGUGUGCAUUUUCUACCGCCCCGUUGCUCAUCUUCCAAUGUUCGGAUUUCAAAUUGGUGGAGUUGUAAGAACGUGGGAAUUGAAUGCAAUCGAGUUGUGGAUCGUAUGGGUUUGGGUUGUUUUCGUCCUUCUCCUCUCAAUGGUCCAUCUCUUCUACGCCCGUCUCUACACCAUAUCCCGGAUGAUGGUCCUUAACAAAUACCGAUCAUUGAUCCAUCUGAGUACUGUAGUUUUCAUCCUUUCAAUUUUUGUAUCUCUUGGCUGCGGAUCUAGUAUCUUACUGGUUUUUUUGUCGACCCCAUUUGUGGUCCAGAUAAAGAUGGGAGCAUUUAAUGUGAGCAGAUUUAGAGGGUAUUAUUCUGAAAUUGAAGAAUUUCAGACCUAUAAUUCCCGAAUCAUUUUCUGCCCGGAUUUCGCUAUAGUUGAUUUGUCAAUGUGGCAAACUAUUCUUCCAAAUGCGCUGGCUGCUGGAGGUUUAGCAGUUUUAUUCUUCAUUAUGGUCUUUAUGGGAAUCGCUAGUUUGAUUGUGUUGAGCACAAAAAGUCCACAAUCUUCUGUAAAAACUUUAAGAACUCAAAAGCAAUUGAUGCAAAGUUUCGUGAUUCAGGUCUGCACCCACACAAUGUUCCUAUUCAUCCCUGUUGUCACUUGUGCCAUAUUGGCAUUUUUCAAAAAUCUAACCAACGUUGCCAUCUACACCACAAUAUUCUGCCUGGUACACCAAGGAGUCAUCACAAUUAUCGUUUUCGUCGUCUGCACACCGAUGACAACAAAAGUCGCAAAAUCAUGUAAUGGUCUUUGA